AUGGUUUUCAAAAAGUUCGUCUCCUGCGUAUACAGCUUACUAGACCUAAGAGGGCAUCCAAGAAUCAAAGAUGCGGCAACAGCUUGUAAGGGAAUCACGUUGGAUGUGUCGGACAACAUCAACGAUAGCAUGCUCGAACCUCCGGUCAGAUCAUCGAGUUCAUCCGAAAUCGUAGACGCAGAAGGUGAAGUUUGCUGUGUUUGCUUGUCGAGUUUCAAGGUAGAAAAGGACAUGAGUGUUUUACCUUGCUUGCACAAGUUCCACAAGGUAUGCAUCGAAGGAUGGUUUAAUAAUAUGUGUCGAAAAACUUGUCCGCUGUGCCGGUUCUCAAUGGGGGAACAAGAGAGGUCUUAUAAGAGAGAGGAGCAGUUUACUGAAGAGAUGAAUACCCUAAAUAAAAAGCCGAUUAAUUUCUUUGGACAAAAUCCAGCAACCUUCUGGCACGAUUGA